CGGCAUGAGGCGGCCCAACAUUCUGCUGACGGGUGCGGGACCGGGACCGGGGGCCGGGUCCCCCAGGGUGCGGAGCGGGAGGAGCCCCCGGUACUCCAGGUGUUGGGAAGACCACACUUGGAAAAGAACUUGCAUCAAGAGCUGGGAUGACCUAUAUUAAUGUGGGUGACAUGGCAAAAGAAGGACAACUGUAUGAAGGUUUUGAUGAGGAGUAUGAUUGCCCAGUCUUGGAUGAAGACAGGGUGAUUGAUGAACUUGAAGAUAAAAUGAGUGAGGGUGGAGUUAUCGUUGAUUACCAUGGCUGUGAUUUUUUCCCUGAGAGGUGGUUUCACAUCGUGUUUGUCCUUCGUACAGAAAAUUCAUUUCUGUAUGACAGGCUUGAAAGCAGGGGCUACAAAGGUAAAAAGCUGCAAGACAACAUUCAGUGUGAAAUCUUCCAGAUGCUGUAUGAGGAAGCAAUGUUGUCAUACAGAGAAGAAAUAGUGCACCAGUUGCCCAGCAACACUCCAGAGGACCUGGAGAGAAAUUUGGAUCAGAUUACACAAUGGAUUGAGCAGUGGAUGAAGGACAACAACUGAUAACUUGGUGGAAAAGUAGCUCUGCUGGAUUGCUUCCAGGGAGGGUUAAAUAAAGGACAUUCAUAGUUCUUGUAUGAUAAAUUAAAAAUAUUUUUAUUGUAAUUGAUAUGGUUGGGGAGUAGAAGACAGUUUGGAAUAGCCAGGGUGAAAACUUUGGAACAGCCUCUGGAGCAUUGUGGGAUCAACAAACAGAACCAACACAAAUGACAAUUCAGCAGUGAAUGAGGGGAUGAAAAUGACACAAUCACUCUCAGUAGCAGGAGCUAGUCAAUAAUUUAGAGUGUUUUGGAGCUGGCAAUUACAGCCAAACCUUAUUUUUCCCUCCCCCCAAGAAAACUAAAAAUCCUGAAUGUGUGGAGGCUGAUGUAGAGCAAGGGGUGUAUGAUACAAUUGAAGGAAGUGCUUUAUUUUGGACAGAAGUGAUAUGUUAAGAGAGAUCUUCCAGAAUGAUCACACAGAACUCUGGGAAUUACAGUGUAAGGAAACAUGAGCUGUAUCUGCACUGGAGUGGAAUAUUAAGCAAUAAGAUGACUUUUUUUUCCUCUCAGUUCUCCAUCACCCACCCCAAUCACAGAACAUAUUUAUUGUGCCUCAAGGAAAUUUAUCAUUUGGCAGCACAAUGAGUCUGCAGCCAUCUGGUUACACUGAAAGUUCUGGCAGCCACCUCUUGUAAUUGGUGGUAAAGCUUCGGUGCCAGGAGGGUGGAGAUAACCUUUCUGUGCUGAAAAGCUGCCUUGUGAGCCUGUAAAAAUUCGUAAUAAACUUUAUCCACAA